UGACAAGGCAAAUACCUUUGGGGAACAUAGUAAGCAGCAUGUGGUCGUGUCAUAUUUACAUGUUGUAUUAUAUUACAUGAAAGUCUAUUUUACACUCUAUGCUGAUGGCUUAGAAUAUUUUGCAUUGCAAAGCUAGACGUUGUAGCUGACAUGUCACAUUCAAGCAAAAAGGUCGGUAUUUGGUUUGUACUGUACCGAUAUACAUUUACCGUAAGCAUUUAAGAUUUGACGGUAUAUUACCGGUUUGUAUCUAGCAUGCAAAUUUGAUGCGCUGUGUUGGAUGAGUGAUUUGGCCUAUGUUUGCAAUUGCAAUUGUGUCGCGUCGGGUAUUCGCUAGCUUGCUGGGAAAUACAAGGAAAUAGGCCGAAUAUACGACUUUGCGAGUUCAUCUUGCGACAGGGGGAUUUUACGACUAUGUUAUCCUAGGCGAGCUAUGGCUUGAUUCACAACUAAGUUGCAAUCAGGUUGCAUGCACAGUUUUAGGCAAAAGUUGUUAGUGCAAACCGCAUUUCGGCUCUAAUAAAUACCGUUAAUCAGCCAUGUGCAGCCAGCCUUGCAAAAUUUAUUCAACUGAUCCGCGGACACUGUUCAACAAUAUGCAAAACCAUGAUCUGAAUGUUAAGGGGGUGGGGGUGGAGAGGGGUAUACAAAUCCGCCGAUCCGCCCAAAUUUGAAGCAAAAUCCGCGAUCCGACAAUGGUCGUGUGUAAAUUUGAAUCCGCUAAAAGCUCUACUAUGAAGUCACCAUCCAGGAUCCGAAGUAAAUUGAAAGCUAAAUCCAAAAUCCGUCCAAAAUAUUACAUAAAUCCGCAAUCCGCUGGAUUAAUAGGAUCCGCAAAUCUGUGUAAAAUAUUCGCCUGCAGAUCGCAGCUUGGCCAGAUCCGAAAUCUAAGAAAUUUUUUGCGAAAUCCGACGAUCCCGUAAACCUUUUCACCCCCCCGCCGUUAAAUAGAGAUUUUCAUUCAGUAUAUGUUCUUUAAUUUUAAGACGAUCUUAGAACGAUUGGAUGCAGGGGAAAUCUUGAUUGGUGAUGGCGGUUAUCUUUUUGAAAUGGAACGACGUGGUUAUGUUGCAGCUGGUGUGUGGACACCUGAUGUUAAUGUCGAGCAUCCUCAUGCUGGUAUGUCUGUCUGUAAUUACCAUUAUCACCAUCAUCUUUACCACCAUCAUGACAACAUCAUCAGUCUGUCACCAUUGUUAUUGUUAUCAUGAUUAUCAUAAUCUAAUCAUCACCAUCAUCUCAUCUUCAUCACUAUCACCUUAACCAUGAUUAUCACAAUCAUCACCAUCAACAUCACCAUCAUCAUCACCACCAUCAUCAUCAUCACCAUCACCAUCAUCAUCAUCACAUCAUCAUCAUCUUCAUCAUUAUCAUUAUCAUCAUCAUCACCAUCAUCAUCAUCGUCAUCAUCAUUAUCAUUAUCAUCAUCAUCAUCAUCAUCAUCAUUAUCACCAUCAUCAUCAUCAUCAUUAUCAUCAGCAUCAUCAUCAUCAGCAUCAUCAUCAUCAUCAUCAUCAUCAUCAUCAUCACCAUCAUGACCAUCAUCAUUAUCACCACCACCAUCACAUCACUAUUAUCAUCAUCAUCACCACCAUCAUGAUCAUCAUCAUCACCACCAUCAUUACCGUCACCACUAACAAAGAUUUCACUCUUACGUUUAAGUGGAAGGUUUACAUCAAGAGUUUGCCAGGGCAGGAUCUAACGUCCUCCAGGCAUUUGCAUACCACGCUGUAUGGGUAAGUAUAAAGUGGCAGCAUUUAUUACCCCUAACCUGGAACAGUUGCGAAUAAUGCAACUAUAGACUUGCGGGCCUGCUAUUCCGUCAUCACACUGGAUCAAUAAGAGAUGGCUUUCUUGGACCUUUAGGAAAAACAGUUUAGAACUGAUAGAGCUAUCCAGUAUAAAUAAAGCUAGUUUAGUUCAGGUUUCCUCCUGUAGUAACAUUGGAUCAAUAAGAGAUGAUUCUUACUGGACUUCUAGGAAAAACAGUUUAGAACUGAUAGAGCUAUCCAGUAUAAAUAAAGUUAGUUUAGUUCAGGUUUCCUCCUGCAGUAACAUUGGAUCAAUAAGAGAUGAUUCUUACUGGACCUCUAGGAAAAACAGUUUAGAACUGAUAGAGCUAUCCAGUAUAAAUAAAGUUAGUUUAGUUUAGGUUUCCUGCUGUAGUAACACUGGAUCAAUAAGAGAUGGCUUUCUUGGACCUUUAGGAAAAACAGUUUAGAACUGAUAGAGCUAUCCAGUAUAAAUAAAGUUAGUUUAGUUCAGGUUUCCUCCUGUAGUAACAUUGGAUCAAUAAGAAAUGACUCUUACUGGACGUCUAGGAAAAACGGUUUAGAACUGAUAGAGCUAUCCAGUAUAAAUAAAGUUAGUUUAGCUUAGGUUUCCUCCUGUAGUAACACUGCAUCAAGAAGAGAUAACCCUUACUGGAUCUCUAGGAAGAACAGUUUCGAACUGAUUGAGCUAUCCAGUUUAUAUAAAUGAAGUUAGUUUAGUUUAUGUUUCCUCCUGUAGUAACACUCGGUCAAUAAGAAAUGAAUCUUACUGGACUUUUAGGAAUAACAUUUCAGAACUGAUAAAGCUAUCCAGUUUAGGUUCCCUCCUGUAGUAACACAAGCCUUUACUGAGGAUUACUGUUUAUUUAGUCUCGAACGGAAGGCCGAAAUGAAAUCAAUGAAUCCGCAUGUAGAAUCGUGAAGAAAGUUGCUGCACAAUACAACUGCCUUUGGGCUGGGGGAUUGUCUCCCACGCGCAUUUACGGACAAGGAGGAUCGAAAAAAGACGUGCAAGAAUAUUUUAAAGGACAAGCCGAAAUCUUUGUGAGACAUGACUGUGAUUUUUUAAUUGCUGAGGUGGGUGAAUUCGUAUAUUUAGGUUUUAGCGUAUAUUGUGGGCAUCAACAAUUUAAUCUAAGAAAUAAAUUUCGACACUGAGAGACACAAUGGAUCAAUAAGAGAUGACUCUACUGGACCUGUAGGAAGAACAGUUUAGAACUGAUAGAGCUAUCCAGUAUAAAUAAAGUUAGUUUAGUUUAGGUUUCCUCCUGUGGUAACACUGGAUGGAUAAGAGAUAAUCCUUACAGGACCUCUAGGAAGAACAGUUAUUAGAAUUGACAAAGCUAUCCAGUAUAAAGAAAGUUUGUUUAGCUAGUAAGAGAUCGACUUGACUGUACGUAUUGCGAGUUCUUUUUGCGUUUUAGCAAAUUUUUGUUUAUUCUUAGUAUUUUCAUAGUUCCGAAGAAGCAGGAUGGGCGGUUGAGGUCUUAAAAGAAACAGGAAAGCCUGUGUUGGCCAGUCUCUGUAUCACAUCUCAGGGCGAUUUUAAAGGAGUCCCUACUGAUGAAUGUGCUGUACGAUUAGUCAAAGCUGGUACGUAAGAUGAGUGCAUUACAGCAUGUUAAUUACAUUUAUCAGCAUCAUAUAGCAACCACCAUCAUCGUAACCAUUAAUAAACAUUGACAACCACUGUGGCUCCCGCCAUUUCAGGUGCAGAUGUGAUUGGCGUAAACUGCAAGUUCGACCCGCAAGAAUCAUUAAAAGCUGUCGCUAAGAUGAAAGAAGGUUUAGAGAAAGCAGGACUCAAAGCUCAUCUGAUGUUUCAACCACUGGGAUUCCACUGUCCUGAUGCUGACAAUAAACACGGUUAUCUUGCACUUCCUGAGAAUCCAUUUGGUAAGAUCAGGUCCAGUGCUUCGUUACAAGUAACUAAUUUACAUGUAAUCGUUACAUUUGUGAGCUGUAGCUGGUAGCUGUAAAAAGACUCGGUCAAAGUCGUGGGUUUUCUUUGGGUACUCAUUGUUGGGAUAAUUACCGGAUUAGCUCCGUGAUCAGAGGUUUCUGGUAGCCAACUUAAAAAUUGCAGUUGAAUUUUUACAUGUAGCUGACAUUUUCUAAAACUAAGCAUUUCCAAUCCUUACAAUCCAAAUGCUGCAUUGUAUGCUAAAUCUAAUCCUGUUUCUUUAUUAAACAUAGCCCUUGAACCGAGACAGUUGACAAGGUGGGAUGUCCAUAAACUGACAAGGAGUGCCUACGAUUUGGGAGUGCGAUAUUUUGGUGGCUGUUGCGGCUUUAAAGCGUAUCAUAUUCGAGCAAUCUCUGAAGAGGUGGGCGGUGUAUUAAAAUAUUACCACUAAUAUUAUUAUCAUCAUCAUCACCACAAUAAUCACCACCGCUAAUACGACCAUCAUUAUCAUCACCACCAUCAUCAUCAUCAUCAUCAUCAUCAUCAUCAUAUGCAGCACCAUCAUCAGGAUCAUCUCCACCAUCAUCAUCAUCAUCAUCAUCAUCAUCAUCAUCAUCAUCAUCAUCAUCAUCAUAUGCAGCACCAUCAUCACGAUCAUCUUCACCGUUAUCAUCAUCAUCAUCAGUUUUACGCAAUAUUUCUUUUAUUUAUUAUAGCUUGAAAAAGAACGAGGUGCCAAAGCAGAAAGCAGUGAUAAACACCAACCUUUUAAACCGAUGUACUCUUCGACAUUUGGCCACAUGUAAGUUAGGCUUCAAGAACAGUUUUAUGUGACCCAAAUAUCUUUUCUUUGUUAACCCUAGGGAUGCCUGUUAUCCCCUCUUUGAAUUUGACUAAAAUUUUCGAAACACGUUUUUACAGUGUAUCAGUCGAAAGUUUGUUUUGAUGAAAUUAAUGGUUUUCGACAGUUUUCAGAAAGUUUGGAAUGCGUUGAGGCAUUUUUUUUGAAAUUUUAACAAAAUGCCAUAGCCCCUUCUUUCCAUUUGUGAAUCCUCUUCCAAGCAUACUCAUCAUUGAAAUCUCAAAAUUCAAUUUUCAGGGAGCGAAAUGAAGAAUAUUGGAUGAAUAUGAAGCCAGCGUCAGGACGGCCAUUUUCUCCCUCGUACAGUAAGCCAGUGAAAAGCACAUUAAAUCCAUGAGUUUGUGGAAUAUAACAUUUAAAUAACCUCGGCUGGUAGUCGUGCUGUAUUGUAUUACUGUAUAAUUGUAUUAAAGAAUAGCUGCUAUAAGUACAUGUACACUAUGAAUUAGCCAAAGUCCACCAUUUUGGGGGUACUGUCUGCUCUCUUAAAAGAUUCUAGACAAUUAAAACAACGUGAAAAGCGACUUUUAAAAGUUGUAACUGUAAAUUUGCCAUUAUACAAACAAACAAUAACUAUACUAAAACGUUGUAUUUCGUGGUGCGGAGACUCUCAAACGUGAGAGAAGCAGUACCCCCAAAAUGGCGGAAAAUUGGCCAAGAGAGAAGCCAAUUAUCUGUUACAAUUUAUAUAUUAGUUAUGUGUCUUUUGUAUCCAAGAGCCCACAGUAAUUGGUUUUAAGCUGUUGUGGUGUAACCGCCUUUUUGUUGUUGUUAAUUUUCUGUUCAACCUUGAAACGUGGGAAUUAAGCUUGGCGCAUUUGCUGUGUUUUGAUAUGUUUUGUGCAAGCGCCGCAUUUUGUAUGCUCAGGAAUGUGCCAAAAUCCUGUAAUAUGUUCAUGAACAUGGCUAUGGGCAUACAGUAUGAUAGAUCUAGUGAGUCUGUGACCGUGCUUAUGAGAUACCGAAUUUUAGGGCGCUUUCCAUUAACACAGCCAAACCGGUCAGAACGGUCAAAUUGUUGAAUGAAACACAAAACAUUUGGGCUUCGUCCCUAUCUGACCGGAAAAUUUUGAUAACAUUAGAAUGAGGUCCAUUUUCGCUAGACAUUUGAGAAACAUAGACCAGAUCUUUCCAUUGAUACAGAGAAAAACAUUCGGGUCUGACCAGUCAGGCCAUUAAAUGGAAAGCGCCGCUGGUAUGAUCGGCAUGAGCACGCCCAUAUAUCUGCCAAAAUUCUGCAAUAUGAGGGUCCUGAAGGGGUAAAAUGGGAACUGGGAUUGAUCUAUUUUUAGACUGGGAAAAUGGGAUUUGGGUUGCUGGGACUGGGAUUUGGCCACUGGGAAUGGGAAAUAAAGUCCUCAAAAAUGGGAAUGGGAUUGAAGUAAUGUGAGUCGAUUCCCAAUUUUUCUGCGUUUUGAGAGUAUUUUAAAAUACAAUUUUGAUCCGUUUUUGGUGUCUUUGGUCAUGAUUUUUGUUGUUAACUAUAUUAUUCACAGCACUACCUGCGAACAGGCAUA